CACUACCACACACCUUAAUCAUCAACUCUCCAUCUCAACAACUACAACCAAAUCUCUUUCUGUUGUGAGAAACUCUCAUACAUUCCCUAAUACAUAGCACUGGUAGAUUGUUGCUAGCAUGGCGUUUAAAUUGCCCGGUAUUCUCAAUGCCAAGAAGAAUCUUCGUAGAUCUCUUUCGGGGCUUAAAGAAGGAGGUUUGAAGAGUGGUUUGGUUCCAAAAGGGUACAUUGCAGUGUAUGUUGGAGGAGAGGAUGAGGAGAAGAAAAGACAUGUAGUACCUGUUUGGUACUUGAAUGAGCCUUCUUUUCAACAACUACUAACCAUGGCAGAGCAAGAUUUUGGAUAUGAGCAUCCCAUGGGAGGACUUACCAUUCCCUGCAGAGAGCAAAUCUUCAUUGAUCUCACUUCUCACUUGAAUUGAUUAUUGUAAAUCAUAGAACUAACAUAAUUUAGUACAGAAACAGUUUUGUAGAUCAUAUACUUUUAACAUGAAAAGGAAAUUGUUUGAUUACUUUUGAAAGAUACAUUUAUAUAUACAGAAAUUUCUCAUUUUAGUCUACAUGUUCUUCUUUCAUUGAAAAUUAAAAUGGGAUAGUUAGAAAGAUUUAUGUCUUCAUCUCAUACUUUGUUAUAUUUUGCUUUAAUUACACUGCCAUUUUCUAUCAUAUAAAAUCUCUUGUUGU